AACCGUUACUAAAGGUUCAUGGUAUUUCUUUCUUGGUUUAUUUUCUAACAAAAGGUUAACAUAAGUUAAAUUGUAAGCAAUAACGUUUGUCUAAACUAUCGGAGUAUUAUUUAUGUGUUUAAUGUUGCCGCUAAGAUGGACUUGGAUUUGAACGGUAACAACGUCCUAGAUUCCUGCUGGAAAGUUGGCCGAUUCAAGAACCGUUCGUCGGCUUUCGCUCAAUUCGAUCGGAAUGAGCUCAAAGCAGUAAAUAUUUCCUCUUGCUGGUACGAAACAUACAUAUGCGUUUUACAUAUCCGAGUUACCCAUAAAAUUUUUGUGAAAUUUAUUAGCAAGCAAAUAACUGAUUUAAUAGAGGUAAACGCAGAACGGUUACGUGUAUCAAUACCCUUCGCAACAAGGAGUAAGCAAAAUGUGAGCUUUAAGGAAAUUUCAUGCUUGGUAUACGGGGCCACCGAGAUUUAUAGGUUUCAGGUGGACAUUCUUUUAGGGGACACGAAAUAUUUGCUGGAUCAAAUGAAACACACAAACUUCGACUUUGUUCUGUCAACGAGCAAUUCAGUAAAGGUCGAGGAAGUAGAGGUCAAAUUUAAUCGGAAACGAAAGCGCGUCAUUACUAAGAAAUCAAAAGUAACCCUUGCCAAGCUUCCCAGAUUACAGGAGCCGGAACUCUUAAAUGAAUCCGUUCAGGUUUACUACAAAAACAUGCUAUCUGAGUGCCAGAUGUGGGAGUCGGAAUGUACACAGCAAGUGAUAGACGAGUUCCACGAGGAACAGUACAUUGAAAUUCCUCGCAACUGUACGCAAGCAAGUUCAUAUCACGACAUAACCUUAACCGAAGAAAUAGAAAUCAUAGAGGAUCGGAGCAUCAUCAUGCCCUCCGAAGGUUUUGGAGAAAGUGAUGAAUUGGACCUAACCAUUUUUGAAGAACUUUAUCCCAAAGGCGAGCAAAGGAAGUCCUUUAAGCGAAGCCUAACAGCCCAGGAUCCAUCUGACAUUUUACCAGAGAAAAUGCCAAGAUUGGAUGAAUCAAACAUAUUCCAAGCUGAUAAUGCUAUUAUGGCUCAAAUCUUUCCCAAUAACAUUGAUUCAGUUUGUGAUCCAGCGUUGCCGUCAAUUUCACCCACUUCGGUCAAAAAUUCAUUUAGUCAGCCAAAGAAUCUUCGUAAAAAAAAACUUAUAAUUGACAAGCAUAUUAAGUAUACUCGAAAGCAGUUGAUGAAGCACAGAUGCAAAUAUCUAAAGGAAUAUAUGGAUAGGGUUGUUGUACCACAGAAACCAUCCUUUGGAAAAACGCCAAAUGAACUAUUAUGUAAACUAAAUAAGAUUAAUAUUUUUCCAGAUAUAACUCAGCAUUCGGUCUUGGAUUUAAAUGCAGAAGAGUUGGAAUGCGAAUCGGAAAUCACACUGAGAGCUAUAUUCGGCUCCGAGUUUACAGAGAACCUAGCCAAGGAAAUUUUUUUUCUAGAAAAGGUGUUAAGGAAGUCAAAAAAUCAAAAUGUAUACAACAAUCAAGCUGGGCCACUUGAAUUGGAAGACAUUUUACCAGUUCCGGUACCCAACGUUAGUUUAGAGACAAAAAGCAAUAAUAAUAAUUUGUACAACAAAAGUGUUGAUUGUGAGAACAAACAUUUUGAUACCCACAGUGUAAUGAUGGAUCUCUUAAACAUUUGGCGCAGUUAUCCCGAAAUCAAGGGGAUCGAUGGAAAUGAUUUUAUCAAAUCGUAUGCAGAUCGCAUCAAGGCUUCGCUAGCCUUCGUUAAUUUGUUGUAUCUCGUGAGGGACAACUUUAUUGAGAUCUCAAAGCGGACUAACUCCAUUGAAAUGCACCAAAUAACUUUAGGCAAGGAGUCCGCUAAGCUCAUAGAAAAUGUAAUGCAGGAAGAGCUUUCUUAAUAUUUUAAAAUUAAGAAAAACUGUUUCAUGGAUAUUUUUUUAGACCGUUUAGUCCACAUCUUGUUGAAUUGUUGUUCGCCUCAAAGGCUGUUCACUUUGUUAAUUUGAGAAACUGUGCAAUUCUCAAUUAUGGUCUUGAGACUAAAACAUUUAACAAUCAUCAGCUUUAAAUUGUUUUUGUAAAAUUGUGCCAGGAUAUCCACUUUGUUUUGUUUAAAAACAUUGCCGUUGUUAAUUAAAACUCUUGUACCAAUCUUUGUUACUAUUA